UUGAGAACCUUUUACACUAUUCGAGCCUGUCUUCUUCUCAUUCUCCGAAUGGAAGAGGGAAAAGGAAGACUGUGUGUUACAGGCGGUACUGGCUUUAUUGGUUCUUGGAUCAUCAAGAGACUUCUUCAGGAUGGUUACUCUGUUAAUGCCACCGUUAGGCCUCACCCUGAGCAGAAGAAAGAUUUGAGCUUUCUCAGUAAUCUACCAGGAGCAUCUCAAAAGCUACAAAUUCUAAAUGCAGAUCUUAACAAUGUAGAAAGUUUCAAAGAUGCCAUUGAAGGGUGUAUCGGAGUAUUCCACGUGGCAAGCCCAAUGGAUUUUGAGAAGAACGAACCUGAGGAGAUUGUGACUAAAAGAUCCAUUGAUGGAGCAUUGGGUAUUUUGAAGGCAUGUGUUGCUUCAAAAACUGUGAAGAGAGUUAUUUAUACUUCUAGUGCCUCAGCUAAUUCCUUCAAUGGCAAAGAAGAUGAAGUGAAGGAUGAGAGCUCAUGGAGUGAUGUAGAUUAUCUUAGAACUUCCAAGACAUUUGGAUUAUGGACUUACGCAAUUUCUAAGACGUUGACUGAGAAGGCAGUGCUUGAAUUUGGAGAACAAAAUGGAUUAGAUGUUGUGACUCUGAUUCCAACUUUUGUUGUCGGACCCUUCAUUUGUCCAAACCUUCCUGGAUCUAUUCUUUCUUCAUUCUACUUUGCAUUUGGUGACAAGGACCCAAUUGGCUAUCUGCAAACACCUAUGGUGCAUGUGGAUGACGUGGCAAGAGCACAAAUAUUUCUGCUUGAACAUCCCAAUCCAAAAGGAAGAUAUAACUGUUCAGCAUGCUUUGCAACUCUUGAGAAGGUGUUUGAAGUUAUAUCUGUUAAAUAUCCUGAAUUUCAUGUACCAACCAUAGAUUCUUUGAAAGAAAGGAAUGACCUGAAAUUUCCUGAUCUGUCAUCAAAGAAGCUCAUGGAUGCAGGAUUUGAGUUCAAGUAUGGACUUGAAGAAAUGUUGACAGAUGCAAUUGCAUGCUGCAAAGAAAAGGGUUAUUUGUAGCUAUAAGUUAACUUUUCAUCAUAUUGCCCAAUAAUAUUAUGGUAUAUGGAACGGGGUUAUAAUAAUGUAUGCGAAAUGAAAAUAAAAGCCAACCAAAGUUUUGGUUCAAUAUAAUGAGGCAUUUAUAUUUUGAAAGAACACGAGUUCAAAUCUUGUUCUUGC